AUGGCAACAACAGACGCUGCUGACUUUUACUAUAACUUUUCCAUCACUGAUCCCAACGAGAACGGAAGCGAGAAUUUUCACACAUUUACAAGAGUCUUUCUGCCCUGUAUGUACUCGCUCGUUUUCAUCCUUGGGCUAGCAGGAAACACACUGGUCUUUGUUAUACUAGUUUUCUAUGAGAAACUGAAGAUGCUGACAGAUAUAUUUUUGCUGAACUUGGCUAUAGCUGACUGGGUCUUCCUUUGGACGCUGCCAUUCUGGGCAUACUCUGCUGUUCAGGAGUGGACUUUUGGCACCGUGGCAUGUCGUAUAAUACGGGGCUUAUAUAUUCUGAACUUGUACACUUCAAUGUUAACUCUAACGUCUAUCACUUUUGACCGGCUUAUUGCUAUUACUUUUGCCACCAAAGCACACAUGUGUCAAAACAAGCGAAUGACAUGGGGCAAGUUAAUCUGUGUCUUGAUCUGGGCGAUCUCGCUAGCUUUUGCUGCACCGCAGUUUAUUUUUAGUGAGGUGUUUAAUAUUGAUAAGGCAAUAUGUCAGGAAGAAUACCCAAGCCAUCGUACAGAACUGAUUCUUGAAGCGAUCCAAAUGACCCUGGGCUAUUUUAUUCCCAUGCUAGCCAUGAUCAUUUGCUACUCACUGAUUAUUAGAACCUUACUGCAUGCCAGGAGUUUUCAAAAGAACAAAUCUCUAAAAAAAAUAUUUUCUGUAGUUGCCAUAUUUAUUCUUACUCAGUCACCCUAUACUUUCUUGAGACUGAUAAAGAUCAUAGACUGGAGCUUUAACUUGAACAGCAGCUUUGAAUAUGCAAUCACCAUAACAGAAGCUCUUGCUUAUUUCCGUGGCUGUCUUAACCCUGUUCUGUAUUUCUUCAUGGGGGUGAAAUUCAGAAGGAACUUUCAGAAAAUUAUUAAAAACUCAAGAUGCAUCAAACGCCAAGUUAUGGCUAAACAGUUGCAAACUAUUGAAGAGGAUGGCUCUAAAACUUUUACAUCAAAUAAUGCAGAUGCAACAAGCAUGUACCCGCUAUAA